AAAAGGGGUUCUUUUUGCGCAUGUGUAGAGUUGCUGCGCACUCAAACACGUGUUGAAGCCGAACAGAAAACGCAAAAUUGGAAUUUCACCGAAUCGCAUUGGUCUGAUAAUUGUGUUCUGUAAAUUCCAAAUUAAUACGGGUUUACUAAUAAUCAAAAGAAGGUCAACAAUCCUCCGUGAAGCAUUCGCCGAGAGGACCAGCAAAAUAAAUCGAGAGCUUAGACCUCAUUGAAAACAUCAACGGAAGCCAUCAUGACUGACGCUGAAGUGAACCCUAAAGCCUACCCCCUUGCCGAUGCAACGCUGUCUAAGACCAUCUUGGACCUCGUGCAGCAAGCGUCCAACUACAAACAGCUAAGAAAAGGGGCCAACGAAGCCACCAAGACCCUGAACCGAGGGAUCAGUGAGUUCAUCGUGAUGGCUGCAGAUGCUGAGCCUCUGGAGAUCAUCCUCCACCUGCCACUGCUCUGCGAGGACAAAAACGUCCCCUAUGUGUUUGUGCGCUCCAAGCAGGCCCUGGGCCGCGCCUGUGGCGUCUCUCGACCCGUCAUCGCCACCUCGGUCACCAUCAAGGAGGGCUCUCAACUGAAGCCGCAGAUUCAGUCUAUUCAGACUGCAAUAGAGAGACUGUUGGUGUAAUUGUAUUAUACAUAAUAAUUCUCUGGUGUUCAUGGUCUCUGAGAGGGACACUUAUCAGGGAAUUAAGUUAGUCCUGGUCUUGUUUUUUUGAUAAGGUGUCAAAUUGUCUUUGACAGAGGCAUUGAUCUGUACAUUGAUCUGUUUUUUAUUUAGGGAAGCAGAAAGUAGCUGAUUUUUGGCUUAAAUCGUAUGAACAUGUUUUGUGAUAAUAAAACAUGGUUAUGGUUA